UGUCCGGGCUUCUCCUGGGGCUGCCCGGCGCUGCCAGAGGGAGCGUCCCCUGGGCAGGGUCAGAGCGGCCCCAGUGGCAGGAGGUCCCCUUUCAGCGGGGGAUUUGGCAUGCCUGCUGCACGGGGCAGAGACCCCCCCAAAACCCCUUUUGAUCUUGGGGGCGGUCCCGUCCAGGGACGAGCUCCAAGAUGCUUGUGGCCAGGGCUGGGGCACGCCGGCUGAAAGAGCCUCCUCGCCUGGACUGAUCCAGCCGGUCACAGCAUCUCUCCAGAGUCCUGCCAGGAGCCGGGGAAAAGGAAAGGCUGGCAGGAGCAAGGGCUGUGGGAGGGUGAGGGUGGGAAACCCAAGUACACUGGGGUCUGACUGUGCCUGGGGUGGAUAACCCACCAGCAUCUCCAGCCACUGGCUCUCCUGGAGCUGGUGUGAGGGCUCUGCCAGGACCAUCUGGGGCCUGGGGGCCCUUCCCUGCUGUAAAACAGGUUUGCAAGAUGCCUGUGCUCGUUAAUUCUAAUGAGCUCCAUCCUCCUAGGCUGAAAGACCCUAGGGAGUGUGAGGAGAGGGCACAAGAUUAGCCCUGCUCUCCUGCACCAGGCCCUGCCACUGCUGCGCCUGGGGAGGAGUGGGGCAGCCUUGGGGACUCUGCAGGUGCCUGGUUGCGGCCAUCUCAUGUGGUAUCUGGGUGCUGCAGGCAGCUGUGAGCUCCGAUAGCGCCCUAUCAGCAGUGCGGCUGGCGUGCUGGCGGGUGCAAGUCCUCCUGUCCUGGGUGCGGGUGGCUUGGGACUGCAUCCCCAGAGGGGAUCCCUCCCUGGCAGCGGGGAGCAGAGACCUGGGGGUGAGGGAUGGGUAGACCGUGUGAUGCUGGGUGCCUGUGUGAUGCCUGCAGGCGGCUGUCCCCAGUCUUCACCUUCUCUCUGCCUUGCAGCGUCUCUGCCCUUCGUCAUCCUGACACUGGUGAACUCCCCGUACAAGCGGGGCUUCUACUGCAACGAUGACUCCAUCCGCUACCCCUACAAGGCAGAUACCAUCACCCAUGGCCUCAUGGCUGGGGUCACCAUUACCUGCACUGUUGUCAUUAUCUCGUCAGGGGAGGCGUACCUGGUCUACACGGAGCGCCUCUACUCCAAGUCAGAGUUCAACAACUACCUGGCUGCCCUCUACAAGGUGGUUGGGACCUUUCUGUUUGGGGGGGCCAUCAGCCAGUCCCUGACUGACCUGGCCAAAUACAUGAUCGGCCGUCUCCGGCCGAACUUCCUGGCCGUCUGCAAUCCUGACUGGUCCAAGGUGAACUGCUCCAUCUACGUGCAGCUGGAGAACGUCUGCCAGGGGGAGAGCAAGAACAUCACAGAGUCCAGACUGUCCUUCUAUUCUGGGCACUCCUCCUUUGGGAUGUACUGCAUGAUGUUCCUGGCGCUCUACGUGCAAGCCCGGCUGGUGGGGAAGUGGGCCCGGCUGCUGCGCCCCACCAUCCAGUUCUUCCUCAUCACCUUCGCCAUCUACGUGGGCUACACCAGGGUGUCUGACUACAAGCACCACUGGAGCGAUGUGCUGGCAGGGCUGCUCCAAGGGGCUCUCAUUGCCGUCCUCAUCGUCCGCUAUGUCUCUGACUUCUUCAAGCACCGUCCCCCGCGGCAGUGCGACGACAAAGACCCGGAGCGCAAGCCCAGCCUGCCGCUCACCAUGAGCGACCCCGAUCGCAAUCACUACAGCUACCGGGGUGCCCCGUGAGCUGUGUGCGGGCCACGCGCGCCGGACUGCACACCUGCCCCUCGCUGUGCUCCACACCGCUCCUGGCGCGAGGGACGGGGACACUGGCUCUGUAUUAACCAUUGGCUCCACGGCUCCAGUGCCUCUCACUGCUGCAGGUACCUGCAGGAUGGCCCUGUCCAUGCCUGCUCCCGCAGUGCCACGGCUCCCAGCUCCCCAUGCCUGUGGUGCCUCUGUGCUUGCCCGUGCCUGGUGAUCCCAGCGCCCUGCCCGUGGGAAGGGGAGGUCCUCGAUCCCCUGUGCGUCUGAGUCACGCUCCAAGGCUGCCGUCCCAGCCCUCCGUGUGAAGGGAGGGAGGGAAGGGUGGCACGUGGGAGUGGAUUUAUCGGGCUGGCAAACCACACCAAGCCAAGAGCAAACUCGUCAGGAAGUCUGAGGUUGCCUGUGCUGAGUGUGUGUGUUAUCCCUGUCAAAUUAUCCAGCCUUAUGAGUACAAAUCUUCACAAGCACAGGGGGAGGAGGACAGCUGCUGGGCUAACAAUACUUUUUUGGAAAGGGUCAAAGCAAUCCAGAGCUCUUCUCUGUUCCCUGAUUACCUUUAAAAGCAGUCCUGGCCACCAGCGGCUGGUGUGAGCAAAGGGUACAUGAGCAGGCUUUUCUCCAGUGGUGCCUGAUGCUGCAGUGCUGGAAGUGAGGGCUUCUUGCACCCUGCCUGCUUCGCACCUGGCUUGGGGUGAGGGGGAUGCUUGAGCCUUUGUCUCUCCUGCAGCUUCAGCUGAUGCUUUAGGGGGUGUGGGGGGGUAGGGGGGAGGGGAGAAGCUUUCUGUGGUAAAGGAAAAUAAAGGGGAGGUGGAGCUAGACACAGGACUCUGAAUGCCCUGGGAUGGUGGGGAGUGGGCCAUGGAGCAGUCCCAUCACCGACACACAGCUGCCUCCGGCACUGGAGCGCUGUGGGCCUCUUUUUAAACUA